CACCCGCGGCCCGGGCGAAAGGCUGGGACUCGACUCCGGCGGCGGCGGAGAACGCGUCGGUGCUCCAUCUGCUGCGGCAACCGCCGCGCCCCGAGCCGGAGCCAAGAUGAGCGGCAGGGUCGGCGACCUGAGCCCCAAGCAGAAGGAGGCGCUGGGCAAGUUUCGGGAGAAUGUCCAGGAUGUGCUGCCUGCCCUGCCGAAUCCAGACGACUAUUUUCUCCUGCGCUGGCUCCGAGCAAGAAACUUUGACCUGCAGAAAUCCGAGGCCAUGCUCCGGAAGCAUGUGGAGUUCCGGAAGCAAAAGGACAUUGACAACAUCACGAGCUGGCAGCCUCCAGAGGUGGUCCAGCAGUACCUGUCAGGGGGCAUGUGUGGCUACGACUUGGAAGGCUCCCCCAUCUGGUACGACAUCAUUGGUCCCCUGGACGCCAAGGGUCUGCUGCUCUCGGCCAGCAAGCAGGACUUGCUCAAGACCAAGAUGCGGGACUGCGAGCUGCUGCUGCAGGAAUGUGUCCGCCAGAGCGAAAAGAUGGGGAAGAAGAUAGAGACCAUCACCCUGAUCUAUGACUGCGAGGGCCUGGGACUCAAGCAUCUCUGGAAGCCGGCCGUGGAGGCCUACGGAGAGUUUCUUUGCAUGUUUGAGGAAAAUUAUCCCGAAACGCUGAAGCGUCUUUUUAUUGUUAAAGCCCCCAAGCUGUUCCCUGUGGCCUACAACCUCGUCAAACCGUUCCUGAGUGAGGACACUCGAAAGAAGAUCCAGGUUCUGGGAGCAAACUGGAAGGAGGUUUUGCUGAAAUACAUCAGCCCUGACCAGUUGCCUGUGGAGUACGGGGGCACCAUGACUGACCCUGAUGGAAACCCCAAAUGUAAAUCCAAGAUCAACUACGGGGGUGACAUCCCCAAGAAGUAUUACGUGCGGGACCAGGUGAAGCAGCAGUACGAACACAGUGUGCAGAUUUCCCGGGGCUCCUCCCACCAAGUGGAGUAUGAGAUCCUCUUCCCGGGCUGCGUCCUCAGGUGGCAGUUCAUGUCGGAUGGUUCGGACAUCGGUUUUGGGAUUUUCCUGAAGACCAAGAUGGGGGAGCGGCAGCGGGCCGGGGAGAUGAGGGAGGUGCUGCCCAACCAGAGGUACAACGCUCACCUGGUGCCCGAGGACGGGACCCUCACCUGCAGCGACCCUGGCAUCUAUGUCCUGCGGUUUGACAACACCUACAGUUUCAUUCAUGCAAAGAAGGUCAGUUUCACCGUGGAGGUCCUGCUUCCAGACAAAGCCUCAGAAGAGAAGAUGAAACAGUUGGGGGCAGUCACCCCAAAGUAAUGCCUCCCCCCACAGCAGGCCUGGCUCCCUCAGUGUCUCCCCAUCAGUUUCUGCCCCUUGUAAUAAUGGUCAUUUCCCCAGCACUCAGACACCCAGAAAAACUGGGCUAGGAGAAGGACCUUGGGGCUGGAUCUGGGGAGCCUUCAUUUGAGAAUAAGAAAGACUGGGAGAGUAGCUGGAGUGGGUCUCCUUGCCUCUCACAUUACUAAGGAGCCCCAGGGGUUGGGCACUGAGAUAGUAUCUGCCUUGUAAACUGUGCCAACUUCACCUGUCCAGUGUCGGCUGAGACAGGAAGGCAGGUACCAUGGGGUGGAAGGGAAGAAAUUUGGAAAAAGGGGAGAGAUUGAGACCUAACACUUCAGGGAAGCCAGCUGCUGGGGGUGGGAACUUGCUCCCAAAUGAACAUGUAAAUCUAGAUCAUAAUGAAGAAUAGCAAGGUAGCCAGUUCCUAGUUAUGGUGGGGGUUCUGAGGCUCUUCUGCCCUUUGUCUCCAAGGCUGGGAUCUUUUGGCUUUUCCCAGGUCUUGGAAAGUGGCCUGAAUCAGCACAGAUCUUCCCCUUUAAGGGUGAGAGGCAGGCCUCUCCCUCACCUCAAGGAAUUCAGCGACCCCUGGGUCCCGCUGGCUGCCUCUUUAAUUACUGAUGAUUGUCAAUGACUCAGAGCUUCCUGGGACGGUGAGCUUUGGUACCCAGCCACUGUCCUCCGAUGCAAACAGAGCACAGGGAAGUUACCUCCCGAGAUCCCAGGUCUGGGAAGGGCCAGAGAGGCUGGUGGGUGCGAGUUCUGGGGCUUCCACCCCUAUUUUUAGUGCUGCCAGCCUUUCAUUAAGUAACUCUCCAUUUGAGCACCCCACCCGAAAGUGACAGAUGGGAUCAAGGCAGUGAGGGCGCUGAAUCUCCCAGGGUGCCCGACAGCCCACUUCCUGACUGACCUGAGCGAGGCCUUAGCAGUCCCGUCUCUGGGAGGCACAUGGUGGGUGCUGCGGGUUCCUGGUGCCUGUUGGGGAGGCUUCCACGGCAGGGGCUCAGGGCAGCCACAGAUAGCCUCGCAGGCCCCCACCCCCUCCGUCUGCGGUGACAAGCAGGGAUGGCCACGGUGGGGGGCGGGGGAGCGGUUAGGAGUGGCGGGUCGGCGACCAGGGGCCGCAGGUCACAGACCCCGCGGGCAUUCACGACCCUUGACCCAGCUCCACGUCUUCCAAACGAACACCAGGCCCUGCACAGAGCUGGGGAAGGCGCCCUGCCCCGGCCCUCGCUGCCUGGGGCAUUCCUUCCCCUCAGAAACCCAGGCCCUGGCCCAGCCUGGGGGGUGGGCUGGCCAAACUGAAGGAGCAGGAGCAGGGGGGAGGCCGGCGCUGACAGGAGGCCCCGAGGCCGCACAGGCCCCAGCCAGACCCCUCCGGAGGACAUCCCGACCUUUGUUUACAACGCUCUGUUAGGAAAAGUAACCAAUGAAUAAAGACCGUUCAGCGCGCAGAGCGUGGAA